AUGUCCGGGGAGCGAGCGUCGUUACCGUCCGGGGGAGGCGGCCUGCUUCGCGGAAGCAGAACAAGAUCUUAUGGCAGUUUAACUCGCUCCUCGCUUUCUCCGGUUCGCCAGAAAGUCAUUGAACACACAGUUAAACCAGGGGAGACACUUCAGGGUCUGGCUUUAAAGUAUGGCGUGACUGUUGAGCUAAUCAAAAGAGCAAACAGACUGUACACCAACGACUCAAUAUUCCUGAAGAAAUCCUUGUCAAUCCCAGUCCUGUCAGACUUGAAUGACCACAGCAAUGGGGUAGAUUCGUCUGAGGAAGACCAUAAAGAAGGACAGACAAACUGUGAUACAGAGGAUUGUAGAAAACCUGCAUCAGACCUUACUCCUGGAGAUUUUUUGAAAAGACUGGAUAACUUGAUCAGCCAGUCAAAGGAGGCUGCAGCCAGAGGAUGCAAAGAUGCAGAGAAACGUGUUGCAGCCCUAGAAGCAGCUUGCUCAAGCACAACUUCAGACCGGCGUCCGUUAACAAGGUCACAAAGUGUUAUUUCAUCAUCAAGAUUUCAACAACAAGUCCAACUUGGGGCAGUCCCCCUCACCACCACUAAGCUUACCAAGAAGCUGAAAGAAAGGGAAGAUGAGAUCUUUGAACUGUGACAUAAUUUUGUUUAAUGUCUUUCUGAUGAUUAAUAAACAAAUGUCUUGACUGCAGGUCAAGACAUUUGCAGAAAGGCAAAAAAUCUCUACUAAUAUUACUCCUGUGUAAAGUUUAAAAACCUUUUUACUUAGUCAAUAAGUAAAAUUUGUUGUAGAAAUGCAGUAAAAAUUGCACAUAUUUAUUUGUGGGAACCUACA